AUGCAGCAAGAACGAGGGCCGUGGCAACACGAACAAGCACGUUUUCACAGAUGUGCAUCCUUUGAGGCACGACCACGUCGCAUUUCGGAGUUUCCUUCGACUACUGAGGUCAUUACAAGCGUUUUUGUCAUGAACUUGACUUCGUCGACUGAAUUGCGAGUUCCCGGCGCGCCAGGCAAGCAGGAUUAUCGUAAUCAUUUCAAUGCAGGCAGCUGUGCCCCCAUCAAUGGCAGCACCUGCGGGUACUCGCUCGUUGUCCUCCGAGAAAACGGAGAUGUCGCCACAGAAUCCGCCGCCCCGUGCCGCGAUGGUCUCAUCUUGCAUUGCUUCAGACACCCCUCGUUUUGA